AUGGAUUCCUGUGGCUUGGAGGAAGGAAACAAGCGAGUUUUACCUAACCCAGAUCAACACCGACUGUUGACCAAGGCAGCCAAAGGAAAUUUCAACUAUCAUGACCUUAUGUACAACACUCCUUUAAGAUGGAAAAGAUCUGCCUCAGAGUUUGCAGGAAGUAAAAGAAUACGGCGCACCAGCAUUAAGAGCGUGGACGAUCCGGAAUUCAGAUGCGAGUUCCUGGAUCCCAUCGAAUGCAAUGCAACAUCUAAAUUCAGAACCAUUGAUGGCACCUGCAAUAAUUUGGAAAACCCAAUUUGGGGAAAAUCUGAAACCCCUUUAAUUCGAUUUUUGCCAUCUGCAUAUGAAGACGGUAGAGGUGCGCCUCGAAGUAGGGCUAAAUCUGGAAAUCCAUUGCCGACUCCAAGGGAAAUAAGACUUAAGAUCCAUGAAAAGAGUUUUCCUAGGCAUCGUCUAGAAAAUAUUAAUCACUUUGGGAUGUCGUUUGGACAGUUUCUCAGUCACGACAUGUUAGAAAACAUUAAAGCGGAGGCUCCCGAUGGCGACGAUCUGGAGUGCUGUGGAAAACACAAAAAUGACCCCAACUGUAUCAUGCCAAUCAAAGUCCGUCGUAAUGAUCCCUUUUUUGGACAGUUUGGAGUAACUUGCCUAAACUUUGCUAGGUCUCAGCCAAGUCCAGACCUGCAUUGUAAUUUGGAAACUCGGCAUCAGGUCAUAGAAUACACAAUGCCCAUUGACGUCUCUUCCACCUACGGCUCCAGUCCUCAAGAAUAUCCAGAUCUGAGAGCAAACGUUUCUGGGUUAUUAAGAGUACAAAAUCAUCCUGUCGAUAACCUGGAACUGAUGCCUUCUGCAAAUCAAGAGGAUGCAGAAGACUGUGAACCUAAGAAAUUUCAGUGUUUCCAUUCUGGUGAUGGCCGUGUUAACCAAAACGCUCCUUUGAUCAUGCAGCAUACUUUAUGGCUUAGGGAACAUAACCGAAUAGCCAGAAUACUGGAAGGCUUAACCAACUGGGAUGAUGAAAGACUUUUUCAAGAGGCAAGACGAAUUGUUAUUGCCCAGUUUCAGCACAUCACUUACAAUGAAUACUUACCCACGGUCCUUGGCACUGCAAUUAUGGAUCGCUUUGAUCUCGGUCCUCAACCAUCUGGAAAGUACUUCAAAGGCUAUGACCCAAAAGUGAUGUUGAUGUUAAGAUCGAGCUUUAUGGUGGCUGCUUUCAGAUUUGGACAUAGCAUGAUAAACGACAAUUUCGGGUUCAGAAAAUUGGAUGGAAGUAAUAGAAGGGUUCUUCUGAGAAAUUCGCUUUUUAAUCCAGACGAUAUUUAUGAAAUGGAGGGGUUUGAAAGUAUAGUAAGAGGAUUGUAUGAUGAGCAUUCACAGAGUGUUGACAGAUUCAAAACCGAAGAAGUAAGCAAUCAUUUGUUUGAAGAGCAUGGUCAUCCAGGAUCCGGAAAUGACCUCAUCUCAACCAAUAUCAACAGAGGGCGUGAUCACGGCGUGCCUGGUUACAUGGAGUACAGGAGAAUGUGCAAGCUACCCACAUCAGAUAGUUUCUGUGGCCUCACUGAUCACACGAAAGAAGUGAUUUAUCGUCUAAAGAGUGUCUAUGAACAUGUAGAGGACAUUGACCUAUUUACCGGAGGGGUGACAGAGGAGCCGCUUCCUGGAGCUCUUGUGGGACCAACAUUUGCUUGCAUUAUUGGACUUCAGUUCAAAGCUCUAAAGUUCGGUGACCGCUUCUUUUAUGAAAAUAACGAAGAAUAUACGAAGUUUACAAUGGAGCAACUUAAUCAGAUAAAAAAUGUUACACUUGCUCAAGUCAUCUGCAGAAAUUCAAACAUAGGAAAAGUUCAAAAAGAAGUUUUUCAACAUGGAGCCCCUUUGGUGGAUUGCUCAACUAUUGGUGCAGACAUUGAUUUCACUCUAUGGAAAGAAGAAAACACAAUCCCUUAA